CGCGUCAGUGCGCCUGCGCGGCGGGAAGCCCGAGGACGCGAUCCCAGCACCAGACCCGGCCAGAAUUUAGCGGUCGUGGUUGGGCAGCAAGGACGGACUAGGGACAGCUACUGGCUGGGCGUGUCUUACGUUGCACCGCCCUUUCCUGCACCCUUAGGCCUCUGAUCGCUGUUGUAUUCCUGACGCGGCUUCUCUUUCCCGCGCGGUCUACUCCUCCAUCCCACCUGGGAUAAUGGCGACUGCCGAGGUACUGAACAUUGGGAGAAAACUCUAUGAGGGCAAGACAAAAGAAGUCUAUGAACUGUUAGAUAAUCCAGGAAGAGUCCUCUUGCAGUCCAAGGACCAGAUUACAGCAGGAAAUGCAGCUAGAAAGAACCAUAUGGAGGGCAAGGCUGCAAUCUCCAAUAAGAUUACCAGCUGUAUUUUCCAGUUGUUACAGGAUGCUGGUAUCAAAACGGCUUUCACCAAGAAAUGUGGGGAGACUGCUUUCAUUGCACCCCAAUGCGAAAUGAUUCCCAUUGAAUGGGUGUGCCGAAGAAUAGCAACUGGAUCUUUUCUCAAAAGGAACCCUGGUGUAAAGGAGGGGUAUAAGUUUUACCCACCGAAAGUAGAAAUGUUCUAUAAGGAUGAUGCCAAUAAUGACCCACAGUGGUCUGAGGAGCAGCUCAUUGCAGCAAAGUUCUGCUUUGCUGGACUUGUUAUAGGCCAGACUGAAGUUGACAUCAUGAGUCAUGCUACCCAAGCUAUAUUUGAAAUACUGGAGAAGUCCUGGCUUCCCCAGAACUGCACGCUGGUUGAUAUGAAGAUUGAAUUUGGUGUUGAUGUAACCACCAAAGAGAUUAUUCUCGCUGAUGUUAUUGAUAAUGAUUCCUGGAGACUCUGGCCAUCAGGGGAUCGGAGCCAGCAGAAAGACAAACAGUCUUACCGUGACCUCAAGGAAGUAACUCCGGAAGGACUACAGAUGGUGAAGAAGAACUUUGAGUGGGUUGCAGAUCGAGUGGAGUUACUCCUGAAGUCAGAUAGCCAGUGCAGGGUUGUAGUGCUGAUGGGUUCCACUUCUGACCUUGGUCACUGUGAGAAAAUUAAAAAGGCUUGUGGAAACUUCGGGAUUCCGUGUGAACUUCGAGUAACAUCUGCCCAUAAAGGACCAGAUGAAACUUUGAGGAUUAAAGCAGAGUAUGAAGGGGAUGGCAUACCUACUGUAUUUGUCGCAGUGGCUGGCAGAAGCAAUGGUUUGGGCCCAGUGGUGUCUGGUAAUACUGCAUAUCCAGUUAUCAGCUGUCCCCCCAUAACACCAGACUGGGGUGCUCAGGACGUGUGGUCAUCCCUUCGACUGCCCAGUGGUCUUGGCUGUUCAACUAUACUUUCUCCAGAAGGAUCCGCCCAGUUUGCUGCUCAGAUAUUUGGAUUAAACAACCAUUUGGUGUGGGCCAAACUUCGAGCGAGCAUUUUGAACACGUGGAUAUCUUUAAAGCAAGCUGACAAGAAAAUCAGAGAAUGUAAUUUGUAAAAAAAAAAAAAAGGGGGGGUUUUAGGAGAAACGUUACAUAUUCCUAGUUCAGAUUACAGAAGAGAAUUCUAGCAAAAUGAUUUUGCAUCAGAGAAAGCAAUUCAGUUUACUACUGAACAAAUGGUCCUCUAGAUUUUGGGGAUUGACAAGUUGUCAGUGAGUUUUUGUUAUUAAUAUUUUCUAGCUCUAUGAAUAAUGAUGUGUUCCCAUAACCUCGGCACACCAGAGUCUGAGGCAGAACUAUGUGUUGAGACCCCAUACUGAAAUAAAAAUCUUUAUGGUUAGUAAAA